AACAUGGAAGACACGUGGGAUAAACUGUCACCAAAGUUGAGUCAAUCAACAUUGAACGCUUUACAAAAACUGAAGUUUUCUCGGAUGACACCAGUCCAAGCAGCCUGUAUACCUUUGUUGCUUAAGCGGAAAGAUGUAGCCGCUGAGGCGGUAACAGGAAGUGGAAAGACUCUGGCAUUUGUCAUUCCCUUGUUGGAAAUGUUACUACACAGAGAAUUCCCGUUGAAAAAACAAGAAAUAGGAGCAAUAAUUUUGACACCAACUAGAGAAUUGGCUGUGCAGAUUGAUGAAGUAUUGUCUGAAUUCCUCAUAUUCACUCCUCAAUUCACCCGAAUUUUGUUGAUAGGAGGAAAUAAUCCACAAGAAGACCUGGAUAAACUAAAAAGUCAGGGGUCUCACAUUAUGGUGGCCACUCCAGGAAGACUGGUGGAUCUUCUACAACGGAGUCAUCAUGGCGUGAACUUGGCAGCUAGCGUCAAGUCAUUAGAACUUCUCGUCCUUGAUGAAGCAGACAGACUGUUGGACAUGGGGUUUGAAGCAAGUCUCAACACUAUCCUCAGUUUUUUACCAAAGCAGCGUCGCACUGGCUUGUUUUCUGCCACUCAGACAGAUGAGGUACAACAACUGAUCAGGGCAGGUUUACGGAACCCUGUUCAGAUUACAGUAAAGGAGAAGAAGGUGACAAAACUGUCUGAUGGUGUGACCCAACGAACUCCAUCCACACUUCAGAACUUUUACAUGAUCUGUGAGAGUGAUGAAAAGUUCAACCAACUGUGUCAUUUCCUCAAGGAACAUCAGACUGAGAAGCUGAUGAUGUUUUUCAGCACGUGUGCGGCAGUGGACUAUUUCUCUCAAGCUAUUCGGUCUAUCCUGAAAAACAUUCAAGUGCUGAGCAUCCAUGGCAAAAUGAAGCAGAAACGCAACAAAAUAUUUGAUCAGUUCCGCAGGCUUCCCAGUGGAGUUUUGAUCUGCACGGACGUAAUGGCGAGAGGGGUUGAUAUUCCUGACGUGAACUGGGUACUGCAGUACGACCCUCCAAGCUCCGCAGCGGCCUUUGUGCAUAGGUGUGGACGGACAGCCAGGAUAGGCAAUACAGGAAAUGCACUGCUAUUUCUGAGGGAAUGUGAGGACAGCUAUGUGGACUUUAUCGCGAUCAAUCAAAAGGUACAUCUGAAGAAGAUAGAGAAAGCAGAAGAUGUGAUUAAUCAGCUACCUUCACUCAGAAAGUUAUCCCUUGUCGACAGGGCCAUGUAUGAGAAAGGUGUCAGGGCAUUUGUUUCGUUUGUCCAAAGCUUCGGAAAGCAUGAAUGUAGAAUGAUAUUUCAGAAGAAGGAAUUGAACUAUGGACAGUUAGCUACAGGAUUUGGUUUGCUGAAGAUUCCCAAGAUGCCAGAACUGAAAGGAAAGACGAUUAGUGACUUUACACCUGUAGACAUUAAUAUUAAUAGUAUUCCAUAUAAAGACAAAAGUGUAGCGGUGCAGAGAAAACUUCAAGCUGCUAAACCAAAGAAAGAGAAAGUAAAGCACAUGAAAAGCAAACCAUGGUCUAAGCAAUUGGAAAAGAAAGAGCGCAAAAAGAAAAGAAAAGAAAAGAAGGCUUUGGCUCAGAAAAGAAAGUUAGAAAUGACAGAGAAUGACUUAGAUGAGUUGGAAAAAGAUGCUAGACUUGUUAAGAAGUUUAAAUCUGGUAAAAUAACAGAGAAGCAAUUUGAUGAAGAAUUUGUGGGGGAUUUGUCAGAAUCCAAUUAGAGGUAUUAUGCCAACAACUACACAGUACAACAGUGAUGGAGUGAUGAAGUAACAUUGUGUGCGCAAUAAGUACCAAUGCCUACAUGUUCUUGUUUGUUUACUUUGGUUUAUAGAUCUUAA